AUGUCGGGGGCCUGCCUUGGGCUCUUAGUCUGCAUCCUGUGCUCUGUAGUGAGAGCCUAUCCCAACGCCUCCCCGCUGCUCAGCUCCAGCUGGGCUGGCCUGAUCCACCUGUACACGGCCACAGCCAGGAACAGCUACCACCUGCAGAUCCACAAGGACGGCCAUGUGGAUGGCACACCCCAGCAGACCAUCUACAGUGCCCUGAUGAUCAGAUCAGAGGAUGCUGGCUUUGUGGUGAUAACCGGUGUGAUGAGCAGGAGAUACCUCUGUAUGGACUUCAGAGGAAACAUUUUUGGAUCACACGACUUCAGCCCGGAGAGCUGCAGGUUCCGCCAGCGCACCCUGGAGAACGGCUACGACGUGUACCAGUCCCCGCAGCACCUCUUCCUCGUCAGCCUGGGCCGCGCCAAGAGGGCCUUCCUGCCCGGCACGAACCCGCCGCCCUACUCGCAGUUCCUGUCCCGCAGGAACGAGAUCCCGCUCGUGCACUUCAACACGCCGCGGCCGCGGCGGCACACCCGCAGCGCCGAGGACAACUCGGAGCGCGACCCGCUCAACGUGCUGAAGCCGCGGCCCCGCAUGACCCCCGUGCCCCUCUCCUGCUCGCAGGAGCUCCCGAGCGCCGAGGACAACAGCGUGGUGGCCAGCGACCCCUUAGGGGUGGUCAGAGGCAACAGGGUGAACACACACGCCGGCGGCAUGGGCGCGGAGCGCUGCCGCCCCUUCCCCAAGUUCUACUAGGGA